AUGUCAUCGACUGAUAGUGAAGUUCAACGCGAUGAACUCGAUGCUCUUACCAGCAUUCUCGACGAGGCCGCGUUCGAAAUUGAUAAGCAAGCAGAAAUAACACAGGGUACACUGAUCAUCGAAGUAACAUUACCCGAUCAAUUUCAUAUUCAAUACCAUCAAAAUCAACAUCGCCGUACUGAGUUUUUGCCACCUAUUUUCCUUCGAUUCACUCUUCCCACGGAUUAUCCAUCCGUUUCCGCACCUUCAUUUCAACUGGAAUGCAUCUGGAUGACAGAUGAACAGUUACAAAUCCUAUCGGACAAUUUGAAAACACUCUGGUCAGAUAAUUGCAACGAACCAAUCUUGUUUCUCUGGCAUACAUCCUUGACUGCUCAAACGCUCGAAUGGCUCAAUAUAAAUGCAACACUCGAUUUAACUCAAUCAUUUCCUUCCACAAUAAGUAAAUUGUCCAAACCGCAACUGACCUCCGCUCAAGUUGCAGCCACUAUUAAUAACUAUGAGCGUGAAAAAAAGUUAAUUUUACUUUCUCGUACAAUUGUUACCUGUCCGGUUUGUAUGGGUGAAGUGUACGGCACGGAUUGUUUUUCGUGUUAUGCUUGUUCGAGUGUCGCCUGUAAAGCAUGUAUCAAAUGUUUUUUGGAAACAAUUAUUACCGACGGAGAAGUUAAGUCAAUCACAUGUCCGAUCAAUCCAAGCUGUAAAGUUGAAUUAACACCUGCUCAGAUCGCAUCGGUUGUCGAUAAAGAAACAUUUCAUCGAUACGAUCGCCUUUUAUUUCAAUUAUCGAUCGAUUCGAUGGAUGAUAUUAUCUACUGUCCGCGCUGUCAAAAUCCUGUGAUUGUUACUCAAGGAACAGAUGAUCACCUAAGAAAUACUUUAGGAGAAUGUGCGACAUGUUCAUUUGUGUUCUGUACUGUAUGUGGGAAAACAUUUCAUGGAGUUAAUCCAUGUCAGUACACAGAAAACCAAUUGAAAGAUAUAUACAAAGAUUAUCAAAAUGCUUCCGCCGCAGAACGACGAGCAAUUGAGCAACGUUAUGGCAAAAGUUUCAGCCGCCUUAUGGAUGAUAUGGCAUCAGUGGAAACGAUUCAGACUACUGCUCGACGUUGUCCGCAAUGUUCAAUUUUCGUUGACAAAUUGGAAGGUUGCAAUAAAAUGACAUGUCUCAAAUGUCGUUGUUAUUUUUGUUGGAAUUGUCUGCGAGAAUUGUCCAAGACGAAUCCCUACGGACAUUUUCACGAUCCGGCGAGUAAAUGCUUCAAUAAAUUAUUUGAAGGUGCCGAUGCCGUAAACUGGUGA